UUAGCGUUAAUAGAACGUGUGGACUGGUUGUUCCAAUCCACAUUACCAAAACGCUAUAAAGUAAGAGCAAUUUUCACAAGUGGAAAACGUGCUUGAUUUUAUCUAUUAGCAGCGCGAGAUUCUGGAUAUUUAACAAAAUGUCGCAAAAGGACCCUAUUUCUACAGCUUCCAAGGCGGGCUUGGACUUCGCCAAGGUCUUCUAUAAAACGCUUGACGAGAAGCGACAUCUACUUGGCAAUAUUUAUCAAGAGGACUCUCAGGUUAUCUGGAAUGGCAAUCCGUAUGUGGGAAAAGAGGCCAUCACAAAGUUCUACACAUCUCUUCCUCAUUCGGAAACGAAUCUUCUGAGUGUUGAUGCGCAGCCGAUCCUCUCCAAAUUUCAGGAGGGAAGAUUAACAGUGCUGGUCAUUUGCGCCGGUGAUGUCAGACUGAAAGGCCUGCAAAAUGCAGGUUUCACGGAGAACUUCGUGGUUACUUCCGAAGGAUCUUCAUGGAAAGUACUUCGUGACACAUUUCGAUUUCAUGAGCCCGCUCCCUGAACCUGAUAACCAUUGAAGUUCUCUCGACGUCAUUCCUCGAAGAUUUUCAAUAACUCAGUCUAAAGAGUGCUUCUGGCGUAGAUUAUUGAGUAUUGUGUAUAACACAUAUACUGUAAAUACGAAUAAAAUAAAGGAAGUCUUACUUAGUAAUUAUUAAGUAAUUAAUAAGUAAAAGUAACAAAAAUGUUCGGUGGCGAAUCACGAUUAACAGCAUUGACUUUUGUUUCCAAUUAAUAUUUUAGCAUAAAUAAAUGCAACAAGCGUAAAAAACUUAAUUAAAAAACACUCAUUUACACACUUUGGCUGCUGAUUAUAUAAGACAUCACGAAGUUAUAUAACAAACGAACAUUUGUAGAUAUCAAACGUUACUAUAUGAAAGACACACGUUGAGUAAGCAAUUUCGUACACUUUUAGCUUAAGUGUCUCGUCUUCCUCAAUAAAAAGUAUGACUUUUAUUUUACUAAAGACAUGAACCUUCCUUAAAUAAUCGCUAUCAUAAUUUAAGCUACAUAUAUACUUACAGCGCGUAUUCCUACGUUCAUCGGUUCCUGGAAGAAAUUAUUUGUGUGGAAGGUUUUUUAAAUAUGUUGUUUGAGAUACUCAAAGGAUACUUUCCCGAAGAGUAUGGUUUUACACAGUAAUGGCAUUUUUGAACGCGUUCUUUAAAUGCACAAUCGUCAUUUGCCAUGAAACUUCUAAGGCCAAGGCACGAGUAAUCGAAUUGUUGC